ACGUAAACCAAACACGGAAGUAGUAAUGCAGCUAGCUGAUGUUAACUAACCAGUUUAUUUAUCGCACUUCAAAGCAUUGUAGCUAGUUCCAUACAGCUAAUAUCACCAGAUAUAACUUAUGAUACAGUUAUGGUAACGUUAAGUAUUAUUCACUGGCUGGACUAGUUAACGUAUGGAACUAUGAAACGCAGGAUUUCCGCCUCUGCCAGUUUAGGAGCUACAAUACUAGCCAGUUGUAGCAGCGCGCUAUCGUUAGAUAACAUUUCUCCCUCACAGCACAGCAAGAGACUGGAAUAACUCUGGCACAACAACAUAUUAUUUGAGAUAUUUGAAGCCCAUUCACAAUGCAUGAGUUUGAUGAACGCCAACAGUCAAAAUGGCGGAGUCCUGGCUGUAACCAUGGUGACCAGAGCAGCAGACUCCAGGGUCCCGAGAUGGUCCAAAGAUUUAACAUUGUAUUCAAAGAGGAGCCAGAAGAUGAUGAUCAUGCACCUUGUGGUCAGAGUAAUACUGGAAUGAGUCCUGCCUCCAGCCACGGCAGUGAGGAGACUACCUCUACAUCAGGAGAACCUGAGCAACACCACGAGACUAUCAGACAGCCACAUCGUCUCUCCGGGAGACUCAUCAGACAGCCACGUCGUCUCUCCGGGAGACUCAUCAGACAGAAAAAUCGUCUCUCCGGGAGACUCAUCAGACAGAAAAAUCGUCUCUCUGGGAGACUCAUCAGACAGCCACGUCGUCUCUCUGGGAGACUCAUCAGACAGCCACGCCGUCUCACCGGGAGACUCAUCAGACAGCCACGUCGUCUCUCCGGGAGACUCAUCAGACAGCCACGUCGUCUCUCCGGGAGACUCAUCAGACAGCCACGUCGUCACUCCGGGAGACUCAUCAGACAGCCACGUCGUCUCACCGGGAGACUCAUCAGACAGCCACGUCGUCUCUCCGGGAGACUCAUCAGACAGCCACGUCGUCACUCCGGGAGACUCAUCAGACAGCCACGUCGUCUCACCGGGAGACUCAUCAGACAGCCACGUCGUCUCACCACUGCUGCUGUGCCUGUGGACAGGAGUUCCCUGGUGCCUAUGACCUCAUGCUACACCAGAGGACUCACUAUAUAAGGAACAGUGUUCCAUGUGGGACACAUACCAUGACUGCACAUCUGCAAACAUCCACUGUAAAGAGAGAGCGUGGUCACACUGAGGAGGAGGAAGGAGAGGAAGUUGGUGGAUUUAUUAAACGUGAAGAAGCAGCUACUUGGGAUCCUCCUCAACUCGGUAAGGGGCUGGGAUAUGAUGCUAUUAAAGAACACAAAGGUUAGUCCUAAAUGGCACCCUAUCCCCUACAUAGUGCACUACUUUUGACCAGAGCCCCCAUAGGGAAAAGG